AUGAAAUUCGAACUGGAACUUAUCGUUCAUUAUUUCAUCCGGAACAACUAAUUACCGGCAAAGAGGAUGCUGCAAAUAAUUAUGCUCGUGGACAUUAUACAAUUGGGAAAGAGAUUAUUGAUCUUACACUGGAUCGUAUUCGACGCUUAUCUGAAAAUUGUACCGGAUUACAAGGCUUUUUGGUUUUCCAUUCAUUUGGUGGUGGUACUGGUUCCGGUUUUACUUCAUUACUUAUGGAACGUUUAUCAGUUGAUUAUGGGAAAAAAGCGAAAUUGGAAUUUAGUGUUUAUCCUGCACCACAGGUUUCAACAGCGGUUGUUGAACCAUACAAUUCAAUCCUAACAACACAUACCACCUUGGAACAUUCUGAUUGCUCCUUCAUGGUUGACAAUGAGGCCAUCUAUGAUAUUUGUCGUAGAAAUCUUGACAUUGAACGUCCAUCAUAUACAAAUUUGAAUCGUUUAAUCGGACAAAUUGUCUCGUCAAUUACUGCAUCUCUACGUUUUGAUGGUGCUUUAAAUGUUGACCUUACCGAAUUUCAGACCAAUCUUGUUCCAUAUCCACGAAUUCAUUUCCCUUUGGCAACAUUUGCGCCAGUUAUUUCUGCUGAAAAAGCCUAUCAUGAACAAUUAUCAGUAUCAGAAAUUACCAAUAUGUGCUUUGAACCACAUAAUCAAAUGGUUAAGUGUGAUCCACGACAUGGCAAAUAUAUGGCGGUAUGUUUGUUAUUCCGCGGUGAUGUUGUACCGAAAGAUGUCAACGCAGCGAUAGCAACGAUUAAAACGAAACGUAGCAUACAAUUUGUUGAUUGGUGUCCAACAGGUUUUAAAGUUGGAAUUAAUUAUCAGCCUCCAACUGUUGUUCCUGGUGGUGAUCUUGCUAAGGUACCACGAGCAGUAUGUAUGCUAUCGAAUACGACAGCAAUAGCUGAGGCAUGGGCGAGACUCGAUCAUAAAUUCGAUUUAAUGUAUGCCAAAAGAGCUUUUGUACAUUGGUACGUUGGUGAGGGAAUGGAAGAAGGUGAAUUCUCGGAAGCGCGUGAAGAUCUUGCUGCUUUAGAGAAAGAUUAUGAAGAG